AUGCGAAGUACAGUAGAUGAGUGUCCUGUCGAUAUCAUUCUAGCACCAUCAGGACCUCCAUUGACUGAUCUCGAGUACGCUGACAAUGUUGUUAUAUUCGCAGAAAGCAGUACGAAACUUCAAAGAUAUUGUCAACCUUGUAUCGAAGAGACCAGCAGAUCGCCUUGUUCAACAAGUUCUGAGGAGUUUGUCGGGUUCGAGCUGGAAGAGGCCACGUGGCCGAAAACGAAAAUUCUGGAUGAGGUGGAGGAAGAGGACCCUCAGCGUGGACAGGCAAUUCAGGCGAGACGCAAGAUUUUGCAGAAUAUGGAAUAG